GCUAGUUUUCCAGACAGAAACUUUUUGGACUCAACAUAAGUAUAUAGUUUGUAGUGUAGGAUAUCCGCGAGUUUAUCAUAAACAAUAUGUUAUCGAAAUCGAUAUUGCUCAGCUUCCUCUUCGUGAUCCUAGCCUCAAUUUUAUUGAACGAUGGUGUCCAGGCACGUAUGCUCCCAACCAGAUCGAAUGGAGACAGGGUGGACAAACUUCGUGAGAUGCUCAAAGAAGUGAGUAAGGUCUAUUCGUUGUUGGAGAGUGAGAUAGAAAAAGAAGAGAUGGGGGAUGUGCCCAGAUGGCAUCCAGAAAGCAAGUUAUUUUAUAAGAGAGAAGCACCCGCUUCCAAGGCUCCUGAACAUUGAAAGGACGACCAAAGACGAAACAUGACGAAACUAUGCAGCAAUGAAAACGGACACGAAUUUAUGGAAUUGUAAAUAGUUAUUGAAUUGAUAUUUUGACAAUUUUAAUUUGAUGUUGUAAUUUACAUGGAGAAUGAGAAGUUUGACAAACUGAAAAACGCAAUUAUUGAUGAAUACUUCUAUACCUGUACUCUAUAGCAUGUGAUUACAUGUAUAUAGUAUUCAAUUGAAGUAUCAAUAUACAGAGUACACUAUUAUUGUAGUUAAUACAUUCCUACUUAGAGAUAUUUUUGAAUGUAAAAGUAUAUAUAAAUAUAAACAGCGUGAAGUACAUAUGUUAUGAAUAUGAAACUAUACUUAAAUAUUGUUAUUUGAUUGGUAUAUCACAAUACUAUAGGUAUUAGGAUAGAAAAAGGGGAAAAUAACAAAUAUAUAACAAUAUGUGUCUUAAUUUGAUAUCAGCUACUCUGUAUAUUGCUUUAAAACUAUACAAAAUAUAGAAAAAAUCGAAAAUAUAUUAUACUUUGUAUAAUAAGUUCAAUGAGAAUGAAAAUCCUUGUAUCCUCUUCAUUCCUUCAUCUGCAAAUACCAGUGGAUGUUUAGUGUUCGCUUAGACACCCAGAAUCUAUCUUAAUCUUAACCGUCCCUGAUUUGUUUUCAGUUUGUCAAAACUAUUUAGGACAAUAAUUCCACAUGAUUAAAUAAUUGUUAUAAAAAGCAAUAUUUUGAAAAAAGAAAAAUUAUAAAUGUGAUUUGCAAUAAUCGUGUGUCUUAUGAUAAAUAAAUAUGCAUGAG